AUGGCACAGCUACAAGAGUUAUUCAACCAGGCUGUAAAACCUCUCCCGGAGAUUGGGGAUGAGACCUUCGCAUCCCACUUCGACUCGUUUGCGGAUAAACAAGUGAUGCUCCUCGGAGAUGGGAGUCACGGCACAUCCGAGUUCUAUUAUGCGCGUGCGGAGAUUACAAAGCGGAUGAUCAAAGAACACGGCUACACGAUCGUCGCCGUGGAAGCGGACUGGUCGGAUUCUGAAGCCAUCGACCGAUAUGUUCGUUUGAGACCCGGUCCUAAGGCCCAAAUUGGAGGCAAGGCAAAGGGCUUCGAACCCUUCAAGCGAUUCCCGACUUGGAUGUGGCGCAAUCGCGAGAUGCAGGAAUUUGUCGAGUGGAUGCGUGACUAUAACAGCACCCAGCCACCUGAGAAGCGUGCCGGCUUCUACGGACUCGACUUAUAUAGCAUGGGUUCGUCGAUCCGUGCGGUGAUUGAGUAUCUUGACCGAGUCGAUCCGGACGCCGGUAAAAAUGCGCGAAAACGCUACGGUUGCCUGGAACGUUGGGUUGAAGACCCCUCUGCAUAUGGCCUGGCUGCCAUACGUGGAAUGGAGGACUGUGAGCCUCAAGUGGUGAAGAUGUUACGAGAUGUCCUCGCCAAUAGACUGAAAUACAUAGAGUCUGAUCCACAUGACGGCGAGGAAUACCAGAGUUCCUCGCAGAACGCGUUCCUUAUUCGAGAUUCCGAGCAGUACUACAAGUCGAUGUACUGGAGCUCAGCUACGUCUUGGACGCUCAGAGAUACCCACAUGGUCGACACUUUGCAGCGUAUCCUACAUCACCGUCCAUUAAACAAGGCAGUGGUUUGGGCCCACAACUCCCACGUUGGUGAUGCUCGAUUUACCAGCAUGGGAAGUCGUCGGAAUGAAGUCAACAUUGGCCAGCUAUGUCGAGAGCGACUGGGCCGUGAAAAUGUCGCCAUCCUUGGAUGUGGAACCCACACCGGCACUGUUGCGGCUGCACACGAGUGGGAUGAAGAUAUGGAAGUCAUGUCUGUCAAUCCUUCGAGGAAGGACAGUUGGGAAAUCGUGGCUCAUAACACUGGAGUCCCUCGUUUCCUUCUAGACCUUCGCCAAGAGCACAUGGACCCGACUCUGCGGGCUGCGCUCGCUAAAGAAAAUCGCCUUGAGAGGUUCAUCGGUGUCAUAUACCGUCCUGAUACCGAAAGAAUGUCGCACUAUUCACAAGCUCAACUGCAUAAACAAUUUGACGGCUACAUCUGGUUUGAUCGCACAGCGGCGGUUAAACCCCUCGAGAUCAUCCAGCCCGUCACAGCCCUCGGUAAAGAAGAGACGUAUCCAUUUGGGCUUUAA